AUGACGGUGACUUUUCUGGGAAUUGAUGUGGGGACAACCAAUCUCAAGAUAUGUGUCAUAGACAAGGCUGGAAAGUAAGUGUCAAGGAUAAGGUUAUGUUAACAAAAUCUCAAAAAAUUGUCGCUAUAUAAUAUCACUUUUGAGGGUGUUGUACGAGAAGUCAAAAUCUCACGAUUCUUUUGUGAUAACAAACGUGGGGCAACAUGAACAAGAUUCACGGAAGAUACUACAACGUUUGUGGGAUUUACUCAGAGAAGCCAACAGUAACAAUUUGUUAAAGAGUGUACAAAGGAUUACUGUAACGGGGCAAAUGCACGGCAUCGUAUUUUGGAAUUCCAAGUUAGACUUCUGGAGUUGUAAGUCUCACGAUUACUCGAAUCUAAUUACUUGGAUGGAUCAACGAUGUGAUUCUAAGUUCCUGGAGUCGUUGCCAAUGUAAGGUUGAUUCUUUUACAAAACUACACUGUUAUACGAUCGUGUGUCUUAUGUAAAAGUGGUUGAAAGAUGCAAUGUUCAUUUGUACAUGUUGUAGAUGGAGGAAACGUGAUGGAGCAAAGCUUGCAUUUGUAGCCACAGGCUACGGUAUUGCCACACUGUUAUGGCUGCAACGUAAUGGAAUGUUACAGAGUAAUUGGGAUUGUUGUGGGUCCAUUAUGGACUUGGUUGGGUUCGUAUUAGGCUGCAAAAGCAGUGUAAUGUCGGAUCAAGUUGCCUACAGUUGGGGAUUUGUUACCGAGGAUAUGGAAUGGCAACAGGUAUCUUUGAGUGUAUAAUAUGUGAUACAUAUAGUAAACUUUGUCAUAUGUAUUAGUUUAUACCAAUUUAAGGACAUUGUUGAUAUGCUUCCUCACAGUUUGAGUUUACCUGUUAUUAAACCAGCUGGAGAAUACAGUAACCUCAAAGACUGUAACGAGUAUUUCACUUCUGGAGUCAGACUCUACGUACCGAUUGGUGACUUGCAGGCUACAUUAUACGGAUUUGUAAGCGACAAAUGCGCGGGUAAGUAACAUAUAUUGUAUUAAAUGCUCUUGAAGGUUAUAUACGAUUUUCAUCUUUUUGAUUUACAGUAAUGCAUCUGGGAACAUCAGCUCAAGUGGCCUUUUGUUCUAAAACGUGCGACAUACCUCCAGAAUACAAUCACUUACUCGAAGUACCGUACUUCGAUGGCUACAAGUUAAUUGUGGCAGCUUCACUGAACGGUGGAAAUGCCAUCGAUAACUUUGUUCAUGUAAGGCUUGUUAUUAAAUUCACCCAUAGCAUCGACUGUUUUACUAUCUUUUAGGUGAUAUCAAGAUACCACGAUCAGCUAUUUGGGAAGACGACAUCUUCACUGAACCAAAAAGCUUUGAACGAAUGUUUAACAGUAUCUUCUCAAGAUUCUGACAUCGAGAUUCAGCCUUUGUUCCUAGGAGAAAGACAUUCAUCAACUGGGGCUCAAAUCACAAACCUGAGAGCUGAUACGUCGUUAGAAGCGGUGGGUUAUGUUACAUUAUUCAAAACAAUCAACAAACGUUGGUACGAUGUAGCGUGGUGCAUUCGUACGAAUUUUAAAAAUAUAUGUAAUACAACUCCCAUACUCAUUGACCACGAAACAUUACAGUAGUUUUGCAGUGUCUGACUGCAAUCCGAAAAGGCGUGGUAGUUAACUUAGAAAAGAUGCUGCCGGUAAAGUUGUUAUCCGACUCUGGUAUAUCAAGUAUGACAUUGUUAAACCGUGCCGCCAGUGACGAAGUUUGUUUUGAAAGUGCUACGGAAGUGUUUGCUCCAUUAAGGGUAACAAGAAACGAUGACAAUGUCUCUGCCGCCUUCGGAGCUGCUCAAUCGUGUCUUCGAUAG